GUUGUCAUCACAACCAUCGUUGCGCGGAAGAAACCCCGCCGGCGCUGGAUGCGUGCUCACCAAAAGCUUUUAUAUCCUCUCUGAUCACGCGCGCCCGUCCGAGGUUUGUGUGUGGUGGAGGUAGGGAGGUGGGGGUCACUCGAGGUUUGAACGGCUGUGAGUAGCCCGGCUGGGGCUCUUCCUUGCUGUUUCCGAGGUUCGUUGUACUUUCCGACGGUAUGCAAGACGGCGGUGGUCUACUGCUUGUAGUUUUGCGGUGGGGGUUAAGAAAAAAAAAUAACGUGCUGCUGUCCGUACUACGACAACAUCAAGUUGACAUACAGCAGCGUCGACCGACACAUGAUCGGCACCCCUGACACAGGGGACGCAGGUUGCUGUUGUAGUCUCUAGCAGGCAAUCAUGGCGAUGAAGGCCUAUAUAGUAGCUGGCUUGGCGGUGGUGCAAUGGACUCCAGCACAGGCAUUCGGAGCAGUUUCUCACGUCAGCUCUGCGCUACGACCGUUGUCGUGUCGGGCAAUGGCCGACCCCAUGAGUCAGAACAACAAGCGGAGCGUCUCUAGACCGAGGGCUGUCAUCAUGGCCAGCGACGAGGUCGAGCAACGCUCCCCAGUGGCCGGGAGCCUUCUCCGAGCACUAACGGGGCCCUAUGUUUCGCUCGGAGUUGGCGUUGGCAUUCUGUUGGCCGUUCUGGCCAAUCGAAUCGCCACUCCGGAGCUGGUCGAUUCACAAGCUCGCACGGAUAUCCUCGGGGUGAUAGCGAGCGGGGGAUUGGUCACGAACGGUGUUUACCUCUUGGAUUUGAAGGUGAAGGAGGCGGAAGAAGUGACGUUGGUGGGCACGUUCGUGCAGGAGUACGCCGACGAUCUCGCUCCCGGCGCUAGGCGAGAUUUGCAGUGGCUUGGCGAGUCUUUGUUGUUGGUGUCGCCCGCAACAUCAAUGCUGGUAUAUCAGGAUGGGAAGACGCUUGCGCGGGUUGGGGUGAUGGGAGAGUCCGCCGACAUCCGGGACGCUCCUAUUCUUAGAAAGUGCAUUGGUGAAGGACGCGAUGGGCGGGAACAGUACUUGGCCGCUCUUCAGACUCUCCCGGGAAAGGUCGAGUUCGACUAUCUCCCGGAGAAUUGCCAGGCAGUGCUGAUGCUGCCCGUUCUGGAGGGGUCGGCAGUCGUCGUGGUAGGCACGAACCGGGCGCGCGCGUUCACGCCGAAGGAUAUCGUGUGGAUGAAGGGGCUUUGCAACCAAGCGGCAUUGUCACUGCGGGAGGCGGUGGUGGCUUGAGUUUUGUAGAUAUGCUCCAAGCGUAGAAUUGUGGUGGACGAGUAUGAAUUGUUUCGGCGUGCUAUCCCUCUGCUCUUGUGUACAUACACGGCUUCUGUUGGAGUUGGAGUUGGAUCGGCGUAGAAUUUGAACAGCGGAUUCAAGGGCUUUGUGAUUGUUUUGAAACAGGCGUCAAGACUUGUUGAGCCGACAGAAGCGCGUGCUAGACUGAUUUGUUGAAGCGUGGUCGCCUCUACUGAGAAAGCUGCUUUACUGGGCACGUUCCGGCUGGAUUCGAUGUGCCUGGUUCGCCUGGUGAUGGUAACAUGGUGACCCCUCAAAAUGAUACUUCUGUACCUUGUAUGCACAGCAGUAACACCCAGUCUAACUGAAAACUCG